AUGUUCUCAGGAUGCACCAGAGGAAUAUCAGUCGGGCCAGGCCCUGCCGAAGGCGAUACCUGUCCCAUCGGCGCAGUCACUAAUGCAGCGGGCUACAAGCCAGUUAUCCAACAGGGUACAUUUGGUUCUGCACCACCUUACAACAUCUAA